AUGACGACUUCUUCUUUCAUCAUCUAUUUCUUCAUCUUAUCACUAUCCCUUUUCUCUCUUUCUUCUGUAUCAGCAUCAUCUCAACCACCACACUCCUUCAUUCUUCCCAUCAAAAAAGACCCAUCAACCAACCUCUUCUAUACCUCACUUGGCAUAGGAACUCCUAGAACAAAUUUCAAUCUAGUCGUAGAUCUUGGAGGAGAAAAUCUCUGGUAUGACUGUGGUACUCACUACAAUUCAUCAACCUAUACUCCUAUCCAAUGUGGCUCUAAACAAUGUCCAGAAAUUGGAUGUACUGGCUGUAAUGGCCCCUUCAAACCAGGUUGCACCAACAACACAUGUCCUUCUUCUGCAUUAAACUCACUAGCCAAAUUCAUUUUUGGUGGUGGCCUUGGUCAAGAUUUCAUUUUCAUUUCUCAAAACAAAGUUUCUGGUUUGCUUUCAAGUUGCAUUGAUACUGAUUCAUUUCCAUCAUUCACUGGCAAUGAUUCAGCACUUAACGGCUUACCAAAAAACACCAAAGGAAUCAUUGGUCUUUCAAGAUCUAACCUUUCAUUACCAAAACAGCUUGCUUUGAAAAACAAGCUUCCACCCAAAUUCUCUCUUUGUUUGCCUUCUUCAAACAAACAAGGAUUCACUAACUUGCUUGUUGGAUCAGAUAAAGUCUCCAAAUUUGUUCAAACUACACCACUCUUUGUCAACCCUUUUUCCACAGGUCCUGUUUCAGUUGAAGGUGUUCCUUCAAAUGAAUAUUUUAUUGGUGUGAAUGCUAUUAAGAUCGAUGGACAUGUUUUGAACUUAAAGCCUUCUUUGUUGUCCCUUGACAGAAAAGGAAAUGGUGGCACCAAAAUUAGUACUAUAACUCCUUUCACUGAAUUGCACACAACAGUUUUCAAGCCCUUUAUUCGUGAUUUCCUCAAGAAGGCUUCUGAUAGGAAACUAAAGAGAGUAUCAUCAGUGGCACCAUUUGAGGCAUGUUUUGACUCAACUAGCAUUGGAAAUGGAAACUUACCAAGAAUAGAUCUUGUUCUUCAAAAGGGUGUGCAGUGGACAAUUCAUGAAACCAAUUUGAUGAUAAAUGUAAAGAAAAAUGUAGCAUGUCUUGGAAUUGUGGAUGGAGGGACAGAGUCAAGGAUGUCGUUUACAAAAGCUUCAAUUGUUAUUGGUGGACAUCAACUGGUGGACAAUCUUCUGGUGUUUGAUUUAUCUUCCUCAAAGUUGAGUUUUAGUUCCUCACUUUUGGUCCACAAUGCAAGUUGUUCCUAA